AUGAAGUAUUCCUUGAGUCUCAAGAAACCAAAAAUUAACAUCCUCCAGGAUGUAGUGAUACAGCCGCCUUUGCCCAAACUGCGUAGACUUGCAGAUCUACCUGAGGAAGAAAUUGAAAAACUAAAAACAAAAAGUGAGGACGCCUCCACUUCCGCUGUGGAAGACUCCCAGACACCUUCCCAGCUAGAUAUAUCAGGGCUGGAGGAGCCGUGCGUCUCUAUGACGCCCUCACUGUUUGAGGGGUUAGAGGCGCACGGAAAAAGCUUGUCUUUCCUUCGUAAUGUUUACGGAGUUACGGAGGAAGACGAACAGAGGCAGAGAGAGCAGCAAGAGCAGCAGGAGCAGGAGCAGGAGCAGCAGCAACAGCAGCAGGAGGAGCAGCAACAACCGGUCCGCAAAUCACCAUCACCACCGACGUCUCAACCAACACCUGCCCCUGAUACACCUCAUCCUGCUGCACCUGAUGAUUCGGGUGAUGAAUUCGAAGACGAAGACAAUGCAUCUACAUUAUUCGGCUUUUGUUUCUUAAGACAAAUUCUUGUUUAUACUGUAGUGGGAUCGAUGUAUCGAUAA